UGAGUAUCAUUAGAAUUAACCUCUGUGUCAGUUAAAAUUGUAACUUUUUGGCUGUGCACUUUAAUUGAUACUUGCACAAUUUUUUUGGUGUGUUUUGACAAGAAAUACUUAAAAUGGGGGAAGUCGUUAAAGCGCCCCUCUUCUGCUCCCAGAGGCUGGUCCUCGCCUUCCUGGCUUUUAUAGGCAACGUCCUGAUCUACACAACCCGCGUCAACAUCUCUGUCGCCAUCAUCUGUAUGGUGAGGAACACGCCCCUCAACGUCACGUCCGCCAACCUGAGUCACGUCACUUCCGGUAACGUCACGGAUGACGUGUGUGGGGGUGACAGCGAUAUGGGAGUCGACAAAAACACAAACGACAGAGCUGAGUUUGAUUGGAGCAAAAGCACUCGGUCUGAGCUUCUGUCUAUGUACUUCUAUGGCUACAUCUUCACACAGAUACCAAGUGGGUGGCUGGCGUCCAGAUACGGUGGUAAAAGAGUCUGGGGUGUGGCCAUGUUUUUCUGUGCCCUGUGCACGCUCUUGACGCCGGUUAGUGCUAGAACGCACGUGUACCUCGUGUACGCUAUACGUUUUAUCCUGGGAUUUGCCGCAGGAGUUACCUUUCCAUGUGUGCACGCGAUGCUGGGAAAAUGGACACCACCAUUUGAGAGAAGUAAAAUGGCGUCCUACACAUUUGCAGGUCCUUUAGUGGGAAACAUAGCGACGUUUUCAAUAUCCGGGCUACUCUGCCAGUACGGGUUCGACAACGGCUGGGGUUCCAUCUUUUACUUGUCAGGUCUGUUCAACAUGCUGUGGGUUGUCCUCUGGUUUCUCUUCACGGCCGACACCCCAGCUAAACACAGGUUCAUCACGGAGAGGGAGAAGUUCUACAUCGAGGCUUCCAUAGGCAGAGGCGACGUCAAGAAGGUCAAGCGGGUGCCAUGGUUACAAAUGUUUACUUCCGGGCCUCUGUGGGCAGCCAUUAUAGCACACACUUGCAACAACUACGUCAAUUACACAUUGCUGACGUCACUUCCACUUUUCAUGAAAGAAAGUUUGAACUUCGACAUUAAGCAGAACGGGCUUCUGUCUGCCCUGCCCUAUGUGUGCCAGUUCGUCUCUUCUAUUGCCGGAGGUUACGCCGCUGACACAUUCAGAGAGAAGGGCUGGAUGUCUACAAGAACAGUCAGAAGGUCGUUCCAGUUUACAUCUUUUGUAGGGACCGCCAUUUGUAUCGCCAGUGUUGGUCAGAUGAGCUGUGAACACCGCCAUAUUGCCGUGGCUUUGUUGUGUUUGUGUACUACAUUCAUGGGUCUCAACAGGUCCGGCUAUGUUGUCAAUCAUCUAGACCUUGCCCCCAGCUACGCUGGGAUUUUGUUUGGCAUAACAAACACGUUCUCCACAGUACCUGGCAUGGUUGCACCCAUCAUUGCUGGCGCUCUGACACCUAACAAAUCACCGGAAGAAUGGAAGAACGUUUUCUACGUCUGCGCUGCCACAGCAUCAGCGGGAGCGAUAAUCUACUUGAUUUUAGCAGACGGCGAGCUGCAAAAGUGGGCCGUCCCUCCUGAAACGAAAAUCAGUCUGGAGAUUUUGGCUGAGCAUCCUAGAGAGCUCUGCCGACUGCCAGCUGACCAGCAUGCGGACACUGACCACAGCAUAGAAUCGGCCAAGUCCGAACGGAAUUCACCUAGUGUCAUACCUCUUGUCCAGAAUUCAACCGGGGUGGUUGUGUGACCCUCAUAUGUGUGGCUGUGACCCUAAUAAUUGUGGUUUUUGACCCUCAUAAGUGUGAUUGUUUGACCCUGAUAGGUGUGGUUGUUUUACCCUCAUAGGUGUGGUUGUUUGACCCUGAUAGUGUGGUUGUUUUACCCUCAUAGGUGUGGUUGUUUGACCCUCAUAGGUGUGGUUGUUUGACCCUGAUAGUGUGGUUGUUUUACCCUCAUAAGUGUGGUUGUUUGAUCAUCAUAAGUGUGGUUGU